AUGACGACCGGAGCGUUGUUGAACAGACUCCGGGACCUACACGGGCCUACCGAUUUUACAUUUACACCGUGUAAAGAUAUCAGAUGAAAGAGGAGGAGCACCUAAUCGUUUAUAUGCAACCGGGGGAUGUUGCGGACUGUGUGACGGGACGACACACGGUUGAGACUGAGCGGACGUUUUCACAGGUUGAUGAUCCGUAGUUGGCUGCAGGGAAGCCAGCAAAAGAAAAUACAUGGUUGUAGUCUAUUCGCUAUUUCGAGUGACAUUUGCUUAGCUACAUUUAAAAGAGAACUAGGCUGUGCUUGCUAAUUCCUAAAAAAAAAAACACACCUCCGACCAGAAUGACACAUUUAAUGUUUACAGGUUGGAGUUUAUUCGUUGAAGUUGACGCUCAGACUUGGGCUACAAGCGGCGUGUAGGAGGCUCGUCUUUCUUGCACAUUUUGACGGACAACCAAUCAAAUCUGUUAUCCAAAUCCGUGCUCUUAUGUCAGUGACCUAUAUCUCAUGCAUGUGCGCCAAGAGCCCACAGUAACCUCUCCUCACCCAAACAGACAGCAUGGGAAUCAACGGGCUAGACAAUCAAGCGCAACCGUCCAGCGGAGGUUCCCUGACGGAGGAGCCAGAAUCUCAGACGGAGCAUAGUGAGGCUCCCCAAGAAGCAGACCGGAGCAAGGCUGACCAGGCGGCAGGCAGCGAGUGUAAAAUCGUGCAGGAGGACAGCACCGUGCAGCUGAUCGAGGCCGAGAGCAAGCCGCCCCUCUCCCCGGCUUCUGAGUCGGACGCGGUUGUCCAGGUGGAAGAGCACGGCCACGGAGCCGCAUUCGUCCCACCAGAAGGAGGUUUCGGCUGGCUGGUGGUUUUUGCAGCAACAUGGUGCAAUGGGUCGAUCUUCGGCAUUCAAAACUCUUUCGGCAUCUUGCAUAUGAUGCUGAUGAAGGAGCAUGUAGACCCAGACGACCAGACGUCUCAGUUCAAAGUCGCAUGGGUUGGGGCCCUGGCCAUGGGCAUGAUCUUCUUCUGUUCACCAGUGGUCAGCAUGUUCACAGACCGCUUCGGCUGUAGGAAGACAGCUGUCAGCGGGGCAUUGGUGGCUUUUGUAGGGCUGCUAAGUACAUCUUUUGCAAACUCCUUGAGCCUUCGAUAUUUCACUUAUGGGAUACUGUUCGGCUGUGGCUCCUCAUUUGCCUUCCAGCCCUCGUUGGUCAUCCUCGGCCACUACUUCCGCCAGCGCCUGGGCUUGGCCAACGGUGUGGUGACGGCCGGUGCCAGCCUCUUCUCCAUGGGCCUCCCGGUCUUUCUCAACAAGGUAGUGGAACCCCUGGGCCUCAGCAGAACCUUCCAGAUCCUCAGCCUCUUCAUGCUGGUCCAGGCCCUGCUGGCGCUGAUGUUCAAACCUUUACUGCCUGCUGGAGGAGGUAUGAGACCCCCGGGCAUGGGUCCUGGACCUGCCAAACCCCAAACCCAGCCAGAGGCCACAGUUCAGGAGGGGAGCAGGUGGAGCAGGGUCCGUGAUGGGGUCAGCAAGUACUUCAACCUGCGUGUGUUUCACAUCGUGACAUACCGGGUGUGGGCGUUUGGAGUAGCCACAGCUGUACUGGGCUACUUCGUGCCAUAUGUCCAUCUGAUGAAUUUUGUGAAGGAGCAGUUCAAGGGGACCGAGAAGGAAUGGGUACUCCUGGUUUGCAUAGGAGCUUCAUCUGGGGUGGGACGCCUCGCUUUCGGGAAGCUCGGAGACCUCAUUCCUGGUCUUCAAAAGAUCUAUAUGCAGGUGGUGUCCUUCAUGGCUCUGGGCCUGAUGUCCAUGAUGAUUCCUCAAUGCUUGGCUUUCGAGGGGCUGGUGGUUGUGUGCGUGUUCCUGGGGCUGUGUGACGGCUGCUUCCUCACCAUGAUGGCUCCCAUAGCGUUUGAGCUGGUCGGGCCCAUGCAGGCUUCGCAGGCCAUAGGCUACCUUCUAGGCCUCAUGUCUCUUCCCAUGACUGCGGGUCCACCCAUCGCUGGUCUCCUACACGAUUACUUUGGGAACUACACGGUGGCCUUUUCCCUUGCUGGGGUGCCUCCUAUAGUUGGGGGUGUGGUGCUGUUCUUUGUACCCCUGAUACACCGCCGGCUCCAGGCAGCAGCAUCCCCAGAGGAGACGUCAACAACUGCCCACAUGCUGCCACCCGCCCCACCAGUGGGGGAGCCCAAGAGCUGCUCCAAUGGAGACGUCCUGCCUGGCUAUACUGACGUAGAGACACACAUCUGAGUCGCACCGAACAAAGGGAUUCAGCCCACCAGCACCUUUUUCUUCAUCCUUAGAUUUUCCUCCUCUCAACCAUAGACUUCCUGCUGGCUGACCUUUAACCCUCUCACCCUCCUGGACUCUCAUGGGCUGUUUGUUAUUUUCACGUGGAGAGAAAUCGAAAAGGGCGCUCUGGCUACAAACAACAGAGGGGACAAAAGAAGGCCCGUCAGCGUAGGAUGAUGGGAAUGUCUAUGGAGGAUAAGCACAACACAGUCUCAACAAAGAUUGUUUAAUCAGUGGGGACUCUGUACUAACAAAUGCCUCCAAGAGGAACGAAACGAAGAGAUUUUAACCAACUAAUUUCACAGCAUUAAUUUUCCUUCUUUGAAAAGAAAUACAAUGUUGUUUCUAGAUUUAUAUAAACAGAUUGAGAUAAGAGGCAUAUGAGAAAUAGUGAAGGGAUAAAUUCCAACUUUCUUUAUGUAGUACCUCAUGCAUUUACAUUUCUGAACACAACACAUUUAUUUAGUUUGUGUAGCUGAAUCCCAAUCUCACCUUCAGUGAUUUGCUUUAUUCUCUGAUUCUGUUUUCUGCUGUGAUGGAUAGAAGAGAAACCUGUUGUAAUUGUCACAAGAGGAACAGCCACCAGCCACAAUCACCUCAUCUCAACCACACACUGUACUCACACGCAGGGUC